AUGACGCAGCAGAGCCCGAUGCGCAUGUUCAUCAUGCUGCCCAUGAUGUUCCUCAUGGGGAAGAUUGACUUCGAGAACGAGCUCAUCUUGAACGGCGCCCGUGCCUGCUUCCUCGUGUGCCAGGUGGUCUCGCUCCUCCUCGGCCUCUACGCCAAGUCCAAGGUUGAAGCCAAGAAGGACACGACCAAGAUUUUCGUGCCCACGCCCAAGUCGCCGCUCGAUACGAGCACCGAGAACUCGCCGCUCACGGAGACGACGUACUAUGACCACGAGCUCGCCAAGGCUAAGGAGUUUAUCCAGCAGACCGCGAUCGGCGCCGCCAUCUCGAGCUUUAUCCACCUCAAGUUUGGCGUCAACCAGGUCGUCGUGAUCCAGUCGGUCAUGAUCCCGCUCAACCUGUACGACAACGUCAUCUUGAAGAAGCACAUCUUUGGCAUUGGCGGCCCGCGCUACUGGGACGAGCGCCUCGAAGGCGAGUCGCUCAACGCGCCUGUCGCGGCCACGGAAGCCGCUGCCGUCGAAGACAAGAAGCCGGCCAAGGCCAAGAAGACGGCCAACGCCGCCGAUGCAAUCGUCAAGGCCUGGGACAUGGGCGUCGAAGCCAACUUUGAAGGCCUCAUGUCGAUCCUGCUCAAGAACGACCAGAUCAAGACCAAGACGACGGACGGCUGGACCGCCCUUAUGGUGGCCUGCGGCAGCGCGCUCGACACGGAGGACAUUAUCAAGCGCCUCGUCAACGCCGGCGUCCCGGUCCGCGAAGCCGACAAUGACGGCUGGACCGCGCUCCACUGGUGCGCGUUCCACGGCCGCCCGGAAGCCGCACAGGUGCUCCUCGCGGCGGUCUCGAAGGACGACGCGGCCUUUUGCUGUCGGCCAAGGACAACCAGGGACAACGCCGACGUGGCCGAGGUCAUUGCGUCGACCGAUGGCCUUCGCCAGCGCAAGACGGCGGCCGCCGAGGCCACGCCCAUCGACGACGUCGACUAA